AAAUAUCGCUACCAAGAUGAAGACAGCCCCCCGCUGGAGCAUAGCCCCGCCCACCUCCCCAACCAGGUAAAGGCCCCCGAGCUGGUCCAUGUGGCGGAGAAGAAUCUAUCGCAGAUUGAGAGCGUCCACGGCUACGUGUCUCACUCGCACAUCUCCCCCAUCAAGAUCGCCAUCCGGGAAAAAUAUCCCUGGGCCUCUGACCAGGUGCAGAAGUACAGCCGCUUUGAAGCCAAGAUCCACGAUCUGCGGGAACAGCUGAUGAACAGCAGUUUGGGUUCAGGAACCGCCUCGCUUCGGAGUAACCCCAAAAGGGGCUUCUACAUCCGGGCUCUCUUCGACUACGACAAGACCAAGGAUUGUGGCUUCUUGAGCCAAGCUCUGAGUUUCCAUUUUGGCGACGUCCUACACGUCAUCGACGCUUCCGACGAGGAGUGGUGGCAGGCGCGACGUGUCCAUCCGGAUGGCGACAGUGACGAGCUUGGCUUUAUUCCCAGCAAGAGGCGGGUCGAGCGACGGGAGUGGACGCGGUUAAAAGCAAAGGAUCGGGGCCCUGGAUCAGGCUGUCAAGGUCGAGAAGAUGCUGUGUUGAGCUACGAAACCGUUGUGCAGAUGGAAGUUCAUUAUGCCCGUCCGAUCAUUAUUUUGGGGCCCACCAAGGACCGUGUCAACGACGACCUCCUCUCUGAGUUUCCAGACAAAUUCGGGUCUUGCGUGCCACACACCACGCGGCCGAAACGGGAGUACGAAGUGGACGGCCGAGAUUACCACUUUGUGGCUUCGCGGGAGAAGAUGGAGAAGGACAUUCAAGGCCACAAAUUCAUCGAGGCCGGACAGUACAAUAGCCACCUUUAUGGGACAAGCGUCCAGUCCGUACGGGAAGUGGCUGAGCAG